AUGAAUUUCGAACAGCUGUUAGCCACAAUCGGUGGGUUCGGGAAAUACCAGAAGCUUUUGUAUGUGUGGAUAUGUUUACCGCAGAUUUUUCUCGCCUUUCACAUGAUGGCAAGCGUCUUUACAGGCGCCACGCCACCUCACCGUUGUCGGGGUUCCCGUCUCGAUGACUGGUCACUUACCGGCCACAAUCGUUCAAAUGUGAACUUGAGCAUCUCCCUCCUGUCUGGGAAUUUGGACUCGUGCGCCUUCAUUUCAGGAGAGAACCGUAGUUCGCGUUCAAGUUGUGAGACAGGAUGGGUGUAUAGCCUCGAUAUCUUCGAGAGCACCACAGUCACUGAGUGGGAUCUGGUGUGUGACAAGGCAGGACUAAACAGUCUGGGCUCCUCUGUCUAUAUGCUGGGACUACUUGUGGGAGCUGUUGUGUUUGGAGCUAUGGCAGACAGGUAUGGGAGGAGGUUUGCCAUGCUCUUAUCUUUAGCCCUUCAGACAGUGUUUGGUGUGGCUGCUGCCUUCGCUCCAAACUUUCCUGUUUAUGUCGCCCUGCGCUUCAUCAUAGGAAUGUCAGUCUCGGGCGUGAUAAUCAAUGCUUUUGUGCUAGGCACAGAGUGGACCAGCACACAAAGACGAAUGCUGGCAGGCAUCUUCACAGACUACUUCUUUGGUUUUGGCUACAUGUUGCUGGCGGGUGUGGCCUAUCUCAUCAGAGACUGGAGAAAGCUACAGCUCGCAAUCUCUGCACCAGGCUUUCUCUUCAUAUUCUAUAUCUGGGUUCUUCCACAUUCAGCCCGUUGGCUUUUGGUGAAUAACAGAAAAGAGGAGGCGAUUGUUCUUCUACGUAAGGCAGCUCUGGUCAAUGGAUGCACCUUACCUCCAACUGUUCAGCUAUCACAGGUGGAGCGUCAUGAGGUUCCACAAGAGCAGAGACAAUACACUGCUGUUGACCUGAUUAGAACUCCACAGAUGAGGAAGAGGGCCCUCAUACUCUUCUACAUCUGGUUUGUUAAUGUGUUGGUGUAUUAUGGGCUGUCUCUGGGUGUGUCUGACCUAGGGGCAGAUCUUUACCUCACUCAGUUCAUGUUUGGGUUGGUGGAAAUUCCUGCUAGGUCUUUAGUGUUGGUAUUCUUGCCCUGCAGUCGGAGAAUCCCACAGAGUGUGUUCCUUGCUGUGGGAGGUGGAGCAUGUUUACUCACUCUCACAGUUCCUGCAGACAGUGCUCAAGUUCAGACUGCUUUGGCCAUGGUGGGAAAAUUUGGAAUUACAGCAUCGUUUGCCAUUAUCUAUAUUUAUUCUGCAGAACUCUUCCCAACAGUUCUAAGGCAGACAGGUAUAGGUGUGUCUUCUAUGUUUGCAAGGAUGGGUGGAGUUUUAGCUCCACUAAUAAAUCUGCUUGGACGCCAUGCACCUGCUGUGCCCAUGUUAAUAUUUGGCAUCACCCCUCUGCUCGCUGCAGUGCUAGCCCUGGCAUUGCCUGAGACUGCUAAUCAACCACUGCUGGACAACAUUUAUGAUGCGGAGAUGUCUACUCCUUUAAAAUAUGAUGGACAAAUUCCAGUACAUACCAGCCAAUCACCAAGCAGCACAGAAGGGCAGGAACUGCAGAGUUUAGCAGAUGAGUCCAGUUAGACAUAAUGUAGCAUUUAU